CCCAACAAGUCAUCGGACCUGUCAAUCAUCCGGUCGGCGCCUUUGAUGUCGGGACUCCUCGCCAUGUCUUGGGCUCAAAUGAGCUGUUUGCUGUAGCAGGGAAACAUUAGUCCUCCACCGAGCAGCCCGGGGACGCCACAUAUCAACUUUUCUCCUCUCUCCAUGUACGUGGAGGGACUUUCUGCACUUUGGAGGCAACCCCACACGCGCCGAGGAGAUUUCAAACCAGAAGUCCUUUGAUUUUUUUCGUCUUUAUUGACACUCUCUUAUCCUUGUUACGCGAAUUUAUUUUUUUGUUGCUUUUUUAAAAAGUGCGAUACAUUGCGAGGGAGGGGAAAGACGCAGACAUGCCUCAGCUGAGCAGCGGCGGCGGGGACGACCUGGGAGCGAACGAUGAGAUGAUAGCGUUCAAAGACGAAGGGGAGCAGGAGGAGAAGAUCCAGGAGAACGCUUUCACGGAGCGAGACCUGGCCGACCUCAAGUCCUCCCUGGUGAACGAGUCGGAGAUCAGUCAAAGUCCGAGCGCGGCGGCGGUCAGACGGGGACAGCAGCCGGGCGAGCAGCGGGGCUUCGCGGAGAAACACCGGGAGCAUCUCGACGGAGUGUCGAAGCAACAAGAUGGAGGCAUGUACAAGACGCCGGCGUAUCCUGGCUAUCCCUUCCUCAUGCUGCCUGACCCCUACCACCCCAACAGCUCAGUUUCUCCAUCUUCCAACAAAGUGUCGGUGGUGCAGCAGUCACACGGGAUGCACCCCCUGUCGUCCCUCCUGCCCUACAGCAACGACCACUUCAGCCCAAGUCCCCCACACCUGCCCACAGACAUGAGCCAGAAGACAGGCGUUCACAGGCACCAGUCCCAGGACCUCUCAGGGUACUACUCCCUUCCUCCAGGCGGUGUUGGCCAGAUCACUCCCUCCAUGGGCUGGUUCCCUCACUCUCUGAUGCUGGGCCCAUCAGGCAUGCAUCCAACAGGAAUCCCCCACCCAGCCAUAGUGCCCCCCACAGGCAAACAGGAGCACGACCAGUAUGACAGGGGCAUGUAUGUGAAGCAGCACAUGGAGCCCAAGCGGGAGAAGGAGCCCAAGAAGCCGGUCAUCAAGAAACCGCUGAACGCCUUCAUGCUCUACAUGAAGGAGAUGAGGGCAAAGGUCAUCGCUGAGUGCACGUUAAAGGAGAGCGCCGCCAUCAACCAGAUUCUGGGGCGGAGGUGGCACGCACUGACCCGGGAGGAACAAGCAAAGUACUAUGAGUUGGCGAGGAAAGAGAGACAACUCCACAUGCAACUCUACCCAACCUGGUCCGCCAGAGACAACUACGAGGCGGGCCUUAGCGGGGUCGCAGGGGAAAAGAGUAAAGCUGAUUGGGGCAAGAAGAAGAGGAGAAAAAGGGAGAAGCAGCAGGACCCCAACACAGACCCGGGCUCUCCUAAGAAAUGCAGAGCUCGCUUCGGCCUCAACCAACAAACGGACUGGUGCGGUCCCUGCAGGAGGAAAAAGAAGUGCAUUCGCUACCUUCAAGGAGGAGGCUGCCCCAGCCCAACUUCUUCAGAUUUAAGUGCCAUAGACUCUCCCCCCUCCUCGUCCCCAUCCCAACACCCGCUCUACCAGCACCAGCGUCAGCACCCUGCCUCCCCAGGCUGCUCCCCAACGCCCGCUUCCCCGUCAACGCGCCUCCCCUUGUCUCCGCACACGCACUCACACUUGUCCCCGGAACAGGCGGCCGGCAAGCAUGGCAGCCCCAGGCAGCCUGCAGCCAAACACACACACAUGGAACUGUCCGGCAAGCAGGUGCACGGCUCAACGACGGCGCUGUCCGCCGCCAAAGCCGCGGGACUUUCUCUCAAAGUGCUAACAGAGACUCAGUGAUCACUCCUGUCCGCUCACAUCCCUGACCUAUGUUCACCUCAGCUUCUGUCGCUGCUCAAAGAUCACCUGCCUUCAUCCUCACAUUCAUCCAUACUUCUUGUCAGAUGACUAAAGAAGCAGCGACUGUGGUUGACAGGAUGAUGGGUCCACCAUCAUCUGUCCUGCAGGACUGUCCCACAUUUACAGACCUGUCUCAGUUCAAAUGCUGGUUUCCCCCAAAGUCUGCGUUUCCAAGCCAAGUCCUUCGUUAACAGGUCAACAAGGCUUAGUCUGUCUCAAAGCCUCCUUCGCAUGAUCAGUUCUUUAAUCAAGCAUUCAGGAAAUCCUCGUCAGCCUCAGAGACUGGAAACAUCAUGUAAUAACACACAUCGUGUGAACAGAUAUGUGGUUCAUCACGUCUCUGGGAAAUGGAACGCAUGGUUUAAACCAGUGGUUCUCUAACUUUGUUCCUCUGGCCUCACUCUGGAGAGAUCAUUUCCUGACAGAAAUGAUCUCGGAGCCCCAGUUUGAGUUGAAACCAAUGAAAUGUCACUGCAGGAGGUAAACUGUUACCAGCCUGCACUUGUUUUUCAUCACAGUGUUAGUAUUUAUAACUAGAAGAGGCCAAUUAAGAUUUAAAAACAUCAGAACCUCAGACAUUCUUUGUAGAACAGGUCCCUGCUCGAGAACAAGCUCCAGUUGUACAGUGGCAGUGCUGAAGGCCGAAUUCAUCUGGAGCCUCAAACUAAAGGUUCUCUGGCUCCAUCUGCUGGUGACGUGAUUAGCUUUACCUGGAGAUUAGCUCUGAGAAAUCAUCUUCCUAAAAACAGAUAUUUGUUCUGCAGAUGAAGCUGAGCUCUGACCUCCAUGACAAUCAUAACAAGUGUUUUGCAUAUGAGCUCUUAAUCAAAUGUACCACAGAUCUAGAAACACCAGACUUGUUGCAGGAGACUAAGUGUUGUUACAUACAUUUCCUCCACAUUACUUUCAUUACCCAUCAUCCACCAGUAAGAGAACAAACCUCAAGGAGAGGGGAAGAGAGGCCAACCAGCUGUCGGCCUCACCAGCAGAACCUCAGCUCUGAACAGGGACAGGUCCACUUUUAUUACAGCUGCCAUUUUGACACAAAGAAAACAGGAUCAGAGAAAUCCCUCUUCACAUUUAGGCACUUUCAGGCUUUUGCUUUUUUCAACAUACAUUUCUAUUGUUUUCUCCUCAUUUGUGGGUAUUUUUGUAUAAAACUUUUUAAAGGUCAUAUAUUUUGAUGCUGGUGGGGAAACCCUCAAAGAAAGUUUUCUUGAACGUUUUGCAGCUCCAUAAACUGAUCUGAGACCAAAUGGGUACUAUUAUAUUGCAUUGUGUUGUAAAGUUUUUUAAAUGUUGGAAUUCCCUAUUAUAAUUAAACUUUUAUAUGUUUUUAUGUAAGAAAAAGAAAAAAAAGUCAAACUGAAAAAAAAAAACAUUUUAGUUGCCACCAUUUCUUAAAGCAAUACAUUUGUGUUUGUCCUCUUGUGCAGAAUUUUACUUUUGGGCCGUGUUACUGCAGCAGCGUUCAGGUAUCUCCAUGUUCUCCAUCUGUGCAUGUUCCAAACUUUAACGUUACAAGACGACGUUUCGACUAAAAGGCUUUAAUUUGCAGCUUCUUACUCAGCUCAGCUCUCAGCGGACAAACUGCAGGCUGAGCUCCUGUACAGCAAAUAGUCUUCCUCCAGCAGAGGGAGAGCUUUGUGCUAGAAAUAGCUGGAGGACUCAGCAGGAACGCCUCAAACAUGUCUUUUGUAUUUUUUAUGCCUCGAACGCCUCUGAUGUAUUACUUGUUUUUUUGUUUGAUGUAUUAAAAGUGUUUUGAAUA